AUGGCAGCACUUGCAAGUGAAGAGCAACAGCUUAUUUCCGAAGAAUGGACUGUGGAGAUUGAAAGUUUUCUGACAGAGAGCGAGAAACCUGUUCUAAUUCAUAAAGAAAGCAUGCGGGUGCCCCAGGCUUUGAUUAAUGCCAAGCAUGAAGCAUACAUUCCUCAAAUGCUGUCACUGGGGCCCUACCACUAUCGCUCCCUGCAAGACCAAGCUGUGGCGCCCUACCACCAACGCCUCAGCCAUCUUUCCCAGAUGGACUUUUACAAGCUCAAAUCUGCAAGAGAUGCCUCAAAAGUCAAGCCAGACCUCAUCUCCAACUUCUUCACAAGAGUCUCAGAGAUGGUGGAAGAAUUUGAAGAGUUCUACGACUGGAAGAUCAAAGACACAGAGAAGUUUGGGCGGAUGAUGAUGUUGGAUGCCUUCUUCCUCUACCAGUUUCUCAAAAAUGGGUUCCAUGUUUUUCCACACGAUGCAACUGAAAGACACAUAAGGUAUAGUGAAAUUCUUAAACCUACACUCACAAGUAUCAAAUGUGAUAUUGUGAAGCUGGAAAAUCAGAUCCCUUUUUCGCUUGUCAAACAAAUAGACAGUGAUCUGAACUCCAAUACAGUUCAAACUUUUCUCAAUACUCAAAUAUCUGGUCUCUCUUGCUUUGAAGUAUCUCAUGAUGUGAAGGAUAUUGACUACAAAGGAGAACAUCAUCUACUAGGUUGCAUGCACAAAUAUGUUUCCUCCUUGUUGCAGAUUGAUAACACAAAUGAAGAUAAGCCCAGGAAUUCCACCUACUAUGAGCGAUUGAUGACAGUUAAAGACGACAUAGUUGCGGUCCUUUUAGCUCUCUUCUUUCCUCACCCAGCCAGAGACCGUAACGAUUUCCUUAGCAGGUACAAUGCCAAAGAGCUCGUCAAGGGUGGAAUUCUAUUCAAAUCUGGUUCGGAUAAAAUCAGAUUUGACAAGCAUUCAGACACACUUUUUCUUCCCAAGAUUGUAAUCUCAGAAACUUACACAGAAGUAUUGAUGAGGAAUUUGCUUGCGCUGGAGUUCAACGAUGUCACUCGCCCUAAGAAUGUGACACAGUAUGUGGAGCUGAUGGAUUGCCUCAUCGACACACCAGAGGACGUUUCCCUGCUGCGAGAAUGCCACGUCAUUAACCGGCAAAGCAUGAUGAUAACGGAUGAGCAGAUUACUAAGAUGUGGGACGGCAUGGGGAAGCCUCUAUUUUUUGCAGGGUUUGAGGAGCAUUCCCAAGAAAUAAAAUCCGGAAUCAGGGAGACGCUGAUCAAGAAAUAUUACAAGAGCAAGGUAAGAAAUUGGUGGGUGGAGUUUCAUGGGGAACAUCUUUCAAGACCAUGGAAAAUGUUGGCUUUGUGUACUGCAGUUCUUGUUGUGGUGCUCACUGCAGCACAAACCUACUGUUCUUUUGCCGAGUGCAAAAAGAAAUCCUAG